UUUCGAUGUUCCAUGGUUGAUUGUGGGUAAUAGAUUCGUCUGAUAAACCUGUACUUACUUCCACAGCACUACUCCACACCCGGUAUUUCUACCAAUCGGAAAGAAUGACACUGCAUCGCUUAUUAACAAUUUGAAAGCAAUUUGCUACGCAUAUAAAUACGAAGUUUCAGGUUUUCUUCAUUCAUUUUUGUUCUAGUUCACUAACUGAUAACACUGAAGCGCUUUUUAUUUUCUACAUUUUGCAAUGGCUGCUGUCAACGGCGACCAGCUUGAUGGGGUGUUUAAUGGUUUGGCGGUGGGCAAACAGUUGAGCCUUCAGGAUGAUCACUUGAUAUCCGGAGGGAGACCACCAGUGUACCGGCGCAUGGAUUCGCAUCUGUCCCGAGGAGGCUAUUCGAGCCGCGGAGGCAGUCGGGGUGGUAGUCGCAUGCAGUCACCUGAAAGAAAUUUGCGAAGUGAUGCGUCGAUCGUGUUUUCCCUGAAAGAAAGCGUUGGAGCAUUGUCCCGCGCUCUGAAAAUGUUUGAGUUCCAUCAGGUCAACCUGGUUCACAUCGAAUCCAGACCAUCGAAAACCCAGCCAGGAUGCUACGAAUUUCUGGUAGAAGUGGAGGACCGCUCGGCGCCGGGAUACAAGGAUGCCAUCGAGGCGUUAAAGGAGCAGUCCAUCUACGUGUAUGUGCACUCUCGUGAUCAGAAAGCUUCAACAGUGGAAGGCAGAACACUCAGCAACGUGCCCUGGUUUCCACGCAAAAUCCGCGACCUAGAUCGCUUUGCAAAUCAUAUCUUGAGCUACGGUUCAGAGUUGUCGGCAGACCAUCCGGGUUUCACAGACGCAAGGUACCGUGAACGUCGGGCGGAAUUUGCGGAUAUCGCAUUUUACCAUAAACACGGGCAGUCAAUUCAACGCGUAGAGUACACUGAGGAGGAGACAAAGACAUGGGGAACUGUUUUUCGGGAAUUGCGGAAACUUUACCCUACCCAUGCAUGCAGAGAACACAAUUAUGUUUUUCCUCUCCUUGUUGAGAACUGCGGAUACCGGGAAGACAAUAUUCCGCAGUUAGAAGAUGUAUCAAACUUCCUCAAAGACUGCACCGGAUUUACUAUUCGACCCGUUGCUGGACUGCUCAGUUCUCGAGAUUUCCUGGCGGGUUUGGCCUUCCGAGUGUUUCAUUCCACACAGUACAUUCGCCACGGAAGUCAUCCUAUGUACACUCCUGAACCAGAUAUCUGUCAUGAGCUGCUUGGCCAUGUCCCACUCCUGGCUGAUCCAACAUUUGCUCAGUUUUCGCAAGAGAUCGGGCUGGCUUCGUUGGGUGCACCCGACGAAUGGAUCGAGAAGUUGGCUACGCUUUACUGGUUCACUGUGGAGUACGGAAUGUGCAAGCAAGAUCACAAGUACAAAGCAUACGGAGCCGGUCUCUUGUCUUCGUUUGGUGAAUUAGAGUAUUGCCUUACGGAUAAGCCAGACAGACGUCCAUUUGAUCCAGAAAAGAUGGCUGUUCAGAAGUACCCGAUUACCGAAUAUCAACCUGUCUACUUCGUUGCCGAAAGCUUUUCGGACGCUAAGGAUAAAGUAUCACAAUGGGCUGCAGCGAUCCCUCGACCUUUCUCCGUGCGCUAUAACUCAUACACCCAGAGCGUGGAGGUUUUGCAGCGUCGAAGCCAUGUGUUGGGGCUGGCUCGAGAUAUUCGAGCCGAAAUGAAUACUUUGGUGGACGCUUUAAAGAAAAUCAAGUAAAGGAUGCUUUUGCACUCCGGGAUAUCCUUUUAAUGGUAGAUUCGUUUGGUACAUGUGGACAGGAACAGCAUUCUUUUACCUUAAUUUUACCGUAGUAGUAGAUCCAGUUUUCUCUGUUUAGGAUGCUAUAAUAAUAUUACACGUCUUCAGUUGUCGAAGACUGGAUAAUUAUUGUCUUAUCUUUUCCCAGUAAUACGACUUUAUUUUUUUAUGCCAUUUUAUGCACUACGAUACUCUCGAACGACAAUUUUAGACCAGCUGUGCUUUUGAGUGUCAACUUUUUAUUAAUUUAUACCAGACGUUCACUCAAUGUUUCUAAUCUGUACUUUCGCUUCAAAGCGCCAAUUCUGCGAGCAGUUCUGUCCUUUUUUUAUUUUUUGUCACAAUUCGUGUUAAUUAGUAUUGUACACUGUAUGCAUUUGUUGGAUUUCCGGUUCUAGGGAACUACGCUCGCGUGAAAAACACGGAAACAAUAAUAUGCCAAUUGGUAGUUGA